AUGGACAUCUCCACAGAAAGGACAAGGACACUAUCCAUCCUCGCGAGAACCAUGCUUUUUAAAAUUCUUGCAUUCAUUCUCUUACAAGGGGUUUUGACGUCUGGCAACUCGGUGACAUCCGAGCUCAACCCCGCCAGCCUCCCACACUCCAGCACGGCGUUUGGCUCCGGGAGAUCCCGAGAGGUGUCUGGAGCAACGGAGUCGAAGUCCAGAGCGAAGCGCUGUACCUGCUAUUCCUACACGGAUAAAGAGUGCGUCUACUACUGCCACUUGGAUAUCAUCUGGAUCAACACUCCCGAACACACGGUGCCCUAUGGAAUGUUAAGCUACAGAGGACCUCAGCGGACCAGACGGGCUUUCGGUGGACAAGCAACUGACCGCAAAGAGGCAAAGACUCAGCGCUGCAUUUGCACUGUUCAGGAUGCAGACCCCGAGUGCGAUCAUUUUUGCCUGUUAAGGUAUGGUACAUUGGAGACUGUCCUCAUGGCUGUGAUGGUGUCUGACCGCCACCAUGUGGAGGAAUCUCUUUACAGCGACUAG